AUGGCAUCGUCGUCAAAGCCGUCGAGCUUCCUGCUCUAUUCCUGCAUAGCACAUCGCACCACUAUCCUGGCCGAACACUCCUCACCCGGAAGCUCCUCCACCUCCGCCUCGUCCCUGGCCUCCAUCAUCCUCCCAAAAAUCAGCCAUGACAAAUCUCAGAAGCUCACCUACACCCAUGAGCGUCUUUUCGUACAUUACAUUGCCGACUCGCCCUCGGGCACGGCAGAAGACAACAACCAGCAACAAGACCAGAAUUCGUACGCACCGCUGAGUUACAUCGUCGUGGCGACAGCCGAACAAGGCCGCCGCAUCCCAUUCGCUUACCUCCUCGAAAUGAAACGCAAGUUCCUGUCUGCCUAUCCGCCCUCGGAAACGGAUUUCUCCUCACUCCCUGCCUACGGGUGUGCUGCGUUCAACGCAGAACUCCGCUCCUUGCUUCAUACCUACAACACCGCUCCGCCGGCGGAUUCGCUCGCUUCGGCGCGGCGGGAGAUUGACAGUGUUCGGGACAUUAUGACAGAGAAUAUCGAGCGGGUACUGGAGCGUGGAGAGCGAAUUGAUCUGCUGGUUGAUAAGACGGAUCGACUCGGGGGUAGUGCGCACGACUUUCGCAUUCGUAGUCGGGGUCUGCGACGACGGAUGUGGUGGAAGAACACCAAAUUGAUGAUUCUUCUUGUCAUCGUUGUUAUCUUCCUCAUGUAUAUUUUCGUGGGUAUGGGAUGUGGACUGCCAGCUUGGGGGAAGUGUGUUGGGAACUGA